AUGGAAGCCAGCAGCUCCAAUGCAACUCUUAAUUUAACUCACACAGAACUUGAUACGGAAGAAAGGGAGGAAGGCUCCGCAGCAGCAAACGUAGAAGCGAGACCUCUUCUUGCUGGCGUUGCUUCUGCAGGAGAGUUCUCAGCCGCCGGUCUAGAGCACUUGGAAAAUGAGCAGCGAGCAGCAACAGCAGCUGCUGAAGAGAAUGAAUUGGGGGAAGUAGCAGAAGGAACAGAUUCUGCUUCUGGUGCUGCUGUUCCUUCUGCAGAGUACGGUGUAGAUGGGGAGAGAGGGGUUCCACCAGAAGCUGGUGGGGCUGCUGCUGCUGCUGUAGCAGGAGCUUGUACAGCAGAUGCUGACGCUUCAGGACUGCCUACAACUGCCGAUGCUGGAUUUACUGCUUCAGCAGCAGCUGCUGCAACGGAAGCAGCAGCAACGGCGGCAGCACAUGCGGCGGCAGGAGCAGCAGCCAAAGUAGCAUCAGAAGCGACAGGACUACCAUUGGCAGAAACAGAGGCAGCAGUUGAUCGGACAACGGUGGCGGCAACAGUUGAAGCAGAGCACGCAGGAGCAGAAUUAGAGAAAGCGGCGGCCCCUGAGGAAGUGAUUGCAGAAACAGCAGCAGUAACAGCACAAGCAACAGCACAAGCAACGGCACAAGCAACGGCACAAGCAACAGCACAAGCGACAGCAGAGGCAGCAGCGCAAGCGACAGCAGAGGCAGCAGCGCAAGCGACAGCAGAAACAGCGGCACACGCGACAGCAGAAGCAGCAGCACAAGCGACAGCAGAGGCAGCAGCACAAGCUACAGCAGAAGCAGCAGCAGAAGCUGCAGCGGUACAAGCGAUAGAAGCAACAGGAGCCGAAGCAGAAGCGUUAGCCACAGAAAAUCAUGCCACCAGAUAUGCAACAAGCUCAGAAGUAAAAGCAGCACCAGCUAUUGCUACUACUACCGCAGCUGAAUGGCACGAGUCAGGUUUACCAGCCGAGGGUGCGGCUGGUGUUGAUACUGUCACUGCUGUUGCAGCUGCUUCUGCUGCUUCUGCUGUUGCAGCUGCUGCGUUGGGCCAAGCACCAAGCGAAGCAGAAACAGCAGCAGCAGCAGCAGCAGACGGUGCAGGCGCAGAGAUGGAAAUUCAAACACAUACGGGGGAUGAGAAGGAACAGCAGCAGCAGCCAGUGCAGCAGCAAAUCCAGCAGCAGCACUCCCUUGAUGCACAGAAGCAAAUGGCACCGAUGAAAGUGCUUCAAGAAAACGAGACCCAACAGCAACACCAGCAGGAGCAACAGCAGGAGCAGCACCACCAGCAGACAGGCGAGGAGAAGCAACUCCAGCAGCGCCAUACAGAACAUCUGCAUUACUUGCCACAGCAGCAACAGUUACAUGAGCAUGAGCAGCAUGAGCAACAACGGCAGCAUCAGCAGCAGCAGCAGCAUGAAGAAACAUUUUCUUCAGGAGACGAAACCAUUGACAUUUCUCGGGUCGAAGCUCAGUUGAAAGAAAAACAGAAAAAACAGCAAAAGGAUUACAGCAAACUCUGGAGAAUUUUCGGGAGGCAAACAGACGCAGGUAGCUACUGCUUCUACUGCCUGCUGGUGGUGCUGCAUUUUCAUUUUGCGUUGGAAAGCACUGCUGCCGCUGCUGCUUCAUUUCAGCCUCAUACGAAGGGCCGCAACGGAGGAGCGACGCCUCUGUUGCUGCUGCCUCAAGAUUCCGUAGGAGCAGCAGAAGCAGCAGCCGCCGAAGCGCGGAGGGCCAAGGGGAAGGCAAGCUUCAGGCAGCGGCUUGUGAAUGUGCCGGUUGUGGGGCGGAAGCCUCGUGCUGCAGCAGAAGCAGCAGGAACAGCAACACCACACAACAGCAACAGUAAUUCUGGUGGUACUGCUUCUACUAGCAGCAGCGUUCGAAGGCGGCCUUUGCGCAAGACCCUACAACAGAUAAUAGAAGAGACGCGGCGCACCGAGACAGUUGCUCAGCAAGAGCGGUUGCAGCAGCAGCUGCGGCGGCAGCUGAUGCUGCAGCACAGCGAAAGCCUUGACAGGGAGCAGCAAAAGGAUGAGUUAUCUCGUUCUUUCCAGCUAGCGGAGUGUUCUGCUUUGCCGCCUAAGGCUAGGCUUCCAUCUCUUACUUCUUUGGAGAAAAAACAACUCCUCUUCUUGUCGUAA